GUGAUUAGUGCGCAUGGUGCGCCGUGUAGGUGCAGGUUGUGUGUUUUACUACCAUUAUAAUACACGAGAGGGUUUUCUAUUUGUUGGCGGGUUGUGCUGGCUCCGGAUUAUUCGUUUGAUUACUUUUUUUUUGAUGAUUUAUGAACAAGAUCAGUGAAAACGGUGCAAAAUGACUACCUUGGAGCUAUAUACAAAGGGUGCCAAGGUAUGGAUACCUCACCCUGAAAAAGUAUGGGAAGGCGCUGAACUUGAAGAAGACUACAAAACGAACAAAAAGUCACUUGAAGUAGUAACAGAAAACAACGAAAAGAAAACCCUUACGAUCAAAUCAGAAUCGGAUUUACCCUGUCUGAGGAACCCUUCAAUUUUAGUCGGGGAAAAUGACCUUACAUCCCUCUCCUACUUACACGAGCCCGCCGUACUUUACAAUUUACAAGUACGGUUCUGCCAAAAUCGAUACAUUUACACCUAUUGUGGGAUUGUUUUGGUGGCAAUUAAUCCCUACGAUGAUCUUCCUAUUUAUGACGUCGACACCAUACAAACGUAUAGAGGUCAAGCGAUGGGUGACCUAGAUCCUCACAUAUUCGCCGUAGCCGAAGAAGCGUACACGAAACUAGAAAGAGAGCAAAGGGACCAAAGCAUAAUCGUAUCAGGAGAAAGCGGAGCCGGUAAAACGGUUUCCGCGAAAUACGCAAUGAGAUACUUCGCGACUGUAGGAGGAAGUGCGACCGAAACCCAAGUCGAAAAAAAAGUCCUAGCUAGUAGUCCUAUCAUGGAAGCCAUCGGAAACGCGAAAACUACAAGAAACGAUAACAGUUCGCGAUUUGGAAAGUUUAUAGAACUCCAGUUUAAUAAGCAAUUUCAUAUUAGCGGAGCGUCGAUGAGAACGUACCUCUUGGAAAAAUCGCGAGUCGUCUUUCAGGCUCCCGAUGAACGGAAUUACCAUAUUUUCUACCAAUUGUGUUCCGCGAGAGACCAAUUUCCACACUUGCAUCUCGCUCACCAAGAUAGUUUUUAUUAUUUAAAUCAAGGAGAAAGUCCAAAUGUGGACGGAGUCGACGAUUUACAAACCUUCGAAGAGACGCUCUAUGCGUUGAAUCUUUUAGGGUUUAAGAAAUCGGAUCUGGACGAUAUGUUUAAAAUUAUAGCCUCCGUCUUGCAUUUGGGAAAUAUCAAGUUUGUUGAAUCGAUCAUUUCCACGGAAAACGAACAAGACCAGGAGGGUUGUAGCAUACUGGGCACUGACUCACAUUUGAAAAUCUUAGCGGAAUUACUCGAGAUCGAUUCAAAAGAAAUGCAGCAGUGGCUCUGUACCCGAAAAAUCGUCUCUAUGAGAGAGGUCUUCCUGAAACCAAUGUCCGUCGAAGACGCGCAAGCUGCCCGUGAUGCUUUAGCAAAACACAUUUAUGCAGAAUUGUUCAACUGGAUCGUGUUAGUUAUAAACAAAGCUUUAGAAUCCGACAUUCCUAGACAUAAAUUUAUCGGAGUCCUCGAUAUCUACGGUUUCGAAACCUUCGAAACCAAUUCCUUUGAACAAUUUUGUAUCAAUUACGCCAACGAAAAACUCCAACAACAAUUCAACCUCCACGUGUUUAAACUGGAGCAGGAGGAAUACAUUAAAGAAGGAAUUGAAUGGAAAAUGAUUGAUUUCUACGACAACCAACCCUGCAUCGACCUCAUCGAAACAAAAUUAGGGAUUUUAGAUUUGCUAGACGAGGAGUGUCGGAUGCCGCGAGGUACUGACAGUUCCUGGACGGAGAAACUGUACUCAAAGUGCGCAAAGUAUUCCCACUUCGGCAAGGCGCGUUUCGGCACUUCUGCCUUCACCAUCAAUCACUUUGCCGAUAAAGUCCAAUACGAAAGCAACGGUUUUCUGGAGAAAAACCGCGACACCGUAAUCGAGGAGCAAAUCUCGGUGGUGAAAAGGAGCAAAAACGAUCUAGUCCGCCGGCUUUUCGGCGACGAUUCUCAAAAAUUGGCCGUUCCGGGAGCCAAACUCAAAGUGAUCUCGGCCAAACCUGCCCCAACCUCGCAAAAAACCCACAAGAAAUCGGUGGGGUCCCAGUUUAGAGACUCGCUUAAUAUGCUAAUGACCACGUUGAACGCCACAACCCCGCAUUACGUCCGGUGUAUUAAGCCAAACGAUUCGAAAAAACCGUUUGAGUAUAACCCGAAACGGGCGGUGCAACAACUGCGAGCUUGUGGCGUGUUGGAGACGAUCAGGAUUUCGGCAGCCGGGUUUCCGAGUCGGUGGACUUACGUUGAUUUCUUCUACCGGUACCGAGUCUUGUGCAAGUUUAAAGAUAUCAAAAGAAACGACAUGCAGCUCACUUGCCAGAAUAUACUGAACCAGUAUAUUAAAAACAAGGAUAUGUUUCAAUUCGGGAAAACUAAGAUUUUUUUCCGGGCCGGACAAGUCGCCUAUUUGGAGAAAUUAAGAGCCGAUAAACUCAAAGCCUGUUGCAUCAUGAUGCAAAAAACAAUCCGGGCGUUCAUUUGGAGGAAAAAGUACCUCCGAAUCAAGCGCUGCACUAUCAAUAUACAACGGUAUGGACGGGGUUAUUUGGCCCGAAAACUGGCCGAAAAUUUGCGGCGCGAGAAAGCCGCAAAGACUUUGCAGAGAUAUGUUCGAGGAUGGGUGAAACGUGUCCAAUAUCAAAGACUGAAGGCCUGUGUGACUGGCAUUCAAAGGUAUGCCAGAGGGUAUUUAGCGAGACGGCGGUACAUGCAAUUACGGUACAACGCCAAAGCUCUGGUAAUACAGCGAUAUGUAAGAGGGUAUUUAGCACGGAGAAGUGCCCUGGCUUACAAGCGGAAAAUCGUCAUAUGCCAAGCUGCGAUUCGCCGCUUUUUGGCUAGAAGAUUAUACAAGAAACUCAGAAUCGAAGCAAGAUCAAUCGAACACGUCAAGAAACUUAACAAAGGCUUGGAGAACAAGAUCAUCAGUUUGCAGCAAAAGAUUGACGAAAUUACGAAACAAAACGCGGAAUUGAUGACUUAUAAGGCCGGAGUUAACGAGCUGAAGAAUAAAUUGACGGCGUUCAAAGCGAAUGAGGCUGAAAUUAAGAACUUGAACGCUCGUCUGAUUGAGAAAGACAAAGUCAUUGAUAAAUUGAAGGAGGAUCUUAAGUUGGAACGGGACGAAAAAAUUGACUUGAUUAACGAACAUGAGAAAUAUCGACAAGAAACGCAAAAGCAGCGUGAUUUAUGGACGCAGGAAACAAACAAAUUGCGUAAAGAGCUAGACAAUAUCAACGAGAUCGUUAAAAUGAACCAGAAGGGAGCCGAAGAAAAUCUCAAAGUGCGACUCGAAGAGGAGAAAAUGUUGAUUUUGAAUGAGCAAGAUAGUGAUAGGGAAGCCUACCAGAAGCUUUUACAAGAGUACCAUUGCUUGGAACAACACUGCGAAGAACUAGAGAAGCAGUUGAACAAUCAGAGCCAAAACCAAAGUUCCCACCGAAGAAAUGUGAGCGAUCUUAGCAGCAUUGACAGUUUUGUUAUCAACAGCGAUAUUGCUGAAGACCACGGUUACGGUUCCGUGAGAUCGACCACAACUUCGUCGUCACAAAGAGAAAAACUUGAGAAUAUCGACUGGAAAUGUGAAGGAAAUGUAGAUAGUCAAACACCAAGUACAAGUAGCAGUGACACCAAACAUGAAUCCGAAAACAAUAAAGUUGACGUCGGUUUGGUCCUUAAACUCCAGCACAAACUUGCCGAAGUUGAGCGUGAAAAACUGCGAAUGCAGAAACGCCUAGACGAGUUGGACAUGUCUCCACGAACCGAAAAGGCUGAAAACGCGGCACGAGAUUCCAUUAAAAUCUCCGAACUUGAACUAGUUAACAGCAACCUAAAGGCGCAACUGAUGGAACUGCAAAACAGCAUUAUUGAAGGAACUGGCAGUUCGAAAAUACACGAACAGAUGCAAAUAUUACACAGCGAACUGGAACGAAAAACUGAGGAAAUAAUCCAACUCAAGAGUGUCUUGGCCGACCAGACUAACAACAUGAAAUCACUCGUGAACUCAAAUGCACGAUUAGGAGCGUACAUUAAUGAAGACGGAGAGUUAGCACUGGCUUACGAAACCCAAAAAACAAUCAAUAAGCAACUCGAAUUGGAAUUACAAGACGAGAAAUCAAAAUACAAAGCUCACGAACGGGAAUACAAGCUAGAGAUUGAAAAAUUAAGGGAAGAUAAUGAACGCCAACAACGACUUUUAUCCGCAAAUCUCACCAACACGCCACAAACACAAAGCGAAGCUUUUAUGCAACACGAAAUUACAAGAUUAACUAUAGAAAAUCUUGACUUACACGACAAAAACGAUACUUUGACCGAGACAGUCCGAAAACUUAAGAAACAAAUCAAGUUAAUGGCCAAGAAACUUAAAGAAGCAGGGCUGGAUAUGGACGAUAAUUUUAACGAAAUUACCGACAACGAACCUAACAAAACGAAUGUAAACAAGCACACUCGGGCCCUGCCGUCGAUCAGAAAGAAAGAAAGAGAUUAUUUAGGCAUGUUCUCGUAUUCUAGUGGGGAGGAAAAUACGAUCAUGCGGCAACUUGUUAUUGAUUUGAAGCCUAGGACUGCGGUCACUUUGCUUCCUGGCUUGCCAGCUUACAUAGUUUUCAUGUGUAUAAGACACACGGAUUACGUCAACGACGAAGAUAAAGUGAAAGCCUUGCUCUCCGCGUUUACAAACUCUGUAAAAAAAGUGAUAAAGAAGCGACACGAAGAUUUCGAAACCAUGGCUUUAUGGCUUUCAAACACCUUGAGAUUAGUGCACAAUAUGAAACAGUACAGCGGUGACCGAGCUUUCCAGGCUAAAAAUACGCCAAAACAAAACGAGCAGUGUUUGCGAAAUUUCGAUUUAUCGGAAUAUCGACAAGUGCUUUCAGAUAUUGCUGUGUGGAUUUACCAGGGACUGAUCCGAAAGUUUGCCGAAAAAAUCCAACCACUUGUCAUACCCGCCAUUCUGGAGCACGAGGAAAUCCCGGGAAUUAGCGGGAAUAAACCUAGUGGCUUCAGAGGGAGGAGCAGCAGUGUAGCGACAAGCCCUGAACCCAGCCAAAAACCAACGACCGCGGUUUUACUGGAAUUAACAAACCACCACAAGAUUUUAAGUUUCUAUGGCGUUGACCCGGAAGUAAUUUCCCAAAUUUUCAAACAAAUAUUUUACUUUUUAUGCGCGACAAGUCUCAAUAAUUUGCUCCUACGGCAAGAGUUGUGCCACUGGUCGAAAGGUUUCCAAAUUCGGCACAACUUAUCCCACUUCGAGAUGUGGACACGAGAAAAAGGCCUUGAUGAGGCUUCAAUCCAGUCAACUUUACAGCCCAUAAUUCAAGCGGCCCAUUUAUUACAAGCGCGUAAAACCGAAGAAGACGUUGCAAGUGUGUGUGAAAUGUGUAGCGCUUUAACGCCACUACAAAUUUGUAAAAUACUGAAUUUGUAUAAACCUGUAGAUGAAUUUGAACAACACGUGCCCCCGUCAUUUAUUAGCAAAGUUAAAGCCAAGUUACAGGAGCGGAAUCCCACUUCGGAACAACAAACGCUGCUCAUGGACGUAAAGUAUCACUUCCCAGUCCGAUUCCCGUUCAAUCCUUCCGUCAUAUGUUUGGAAGACAUUGAAAUUCCAGAAGUUUUAAAAUUGCCUCAGUUGGAAAAACUAUAAAUAAUUCUAGCAAAUAUUUUAACCAAACUCACGUUUGCAGUGUAAAUAAUGUCAACUUAGUCACAAGUAUUUUAACAUUCCUUUUAUCGUGUGAUUAUAGAAUAAUGUGCAUUAUUUAUUUGUUAUGUUUUGUAAAUAUUUCUUUUACAAUUGAGGGUAUUAUUUAUUUGUUAUUUUUUUGUAAAUAUUUCUUACUUUUGUAAUGUCGGUGCCAUUCAGUUUGGAAUUAUGUAAUUGUUGUUUAUGACUACCGUAAUAAGAAAGUCAAUUUAUUUAAAAGAGUUGUAUUAAAUCAAUGUUGUAAAUUGUAAAGCAAUAGUAAAGCGAACCGUAGCAGAAAUACUAAGAAUGUGAUUGGAUUGCAUUAGCAAAUUCUAUUUUUCGUAGAUACAUAUCUUUUUAGUACAAUCCUGUUUUAAGUGCUUUAUGAUGUGCUUGUAAAAAUAUAAAUUAUUUAUAUGAGCAUUGAGCUCCUACAAUUUUAUAUACAAGGUCUCUAGUAACAUAAAGGUCCAUUCUAACAAUUCAAGACAUUGUACAUUUUAUUGCACUUUAGACAAUAACGACUUUCAAUCAUUUAUCCAAGUAUCUCAUCCAUAUAUAAAAUUGUAGCAGAGUUAGACUAGUUACCCAAGAAGAAGUAUUAUAUAAAUUCUCGUUAAUGUUAAAAGAAUUUAGAAAUUGUUAUUGAUUUGUGAUAUUUUAUCGUCAGUUGGAGGAAUAUUGCAUAGUUUAAUUUAAGGACAAAUGUAAAAAUGUAUGAAAUAGACGAUCAGUAAAAA